UGUGUGUGUGUUACUUAGCUUCAUGAAAACUUGACGAUGCCUUAUUUUAAUUGGUUGUAUAAAUAAUCGAUGACGAGAAAAGUAUUACAAUUGCAAAUGUCCCUUGAUCCGAGGGAUCCCGGAAUUGUUGAUGAUGAUGAGAAAUCUUACGAAAGAUAUACCAUCGCCUUCACAAAUAUGAUGUACCAAAGUCAACACGACUUGAUCGACUGGAAACACCAAAACAGAGACCAGAAAACAAACACCAGCUGGACCAAUGCAAUACUUCUCCGAGAUUAUUCAAUUUAUAUUUACACACACACAAACUCAAAAGGGCACUUGAUAUAAUUUACAUUAUUCGUUAAUGUUAAAGGGAUGUUUUCCAUAUAAGGAAGGUCAGAUUUUACAUUCGAACACAACAUGGAUGUAACGCUUGACAAUGAUAAACUGUGUUCCCACAGGGCUGUUGCUCGACAUAAUCAGGUAAAAACACCAGAAUUAGAAGUCCUUGUUAUAUGGUCUGACUGAACACAUGUUCAAUUAGGCUACUCCACGCUUAUCAGCAUCAUCUAUAGUCAUUUUACUCAUGGUUAAUGAGCCAAACAUGUCCUGUGGAGACAAAGACGAUAAAACAUGUUUAUUGGUUCACCCAAGGGUUUGCAUACUGUUUCUCAUAAAAAUACAACAAUAAAACAGCAUAUGAUGAGAUUUAUACGUUUAGUUAGGACGCAAAGACACGACAGAGAUGACUGCACAAUUAAAAGGAGGUAUCACUUUUUGUGAGGGAUAAAGAAAAAACUGUAAUAUAAUUCAGAUCUGGAGAUAUACAUUUCCUAAAGCCAAUGAACUGUGCGAUAUGCAUCUCCGUAAUUACUAUUUUUUUAAAUGUUGAAAUUCUAAUAGUCCUUUUUACAGACAUCCACAUAUUGCUAUCCUCACAUUUCUGUUGUCAAAUACUGCGUAAACUCUCUUUGAUUGAUGAUGAUGAGUAAUGAUUUAUUCCAGUUCUCUAAGUGGCAAUAAUGUGCAUUGACAUUGAAAAAGGAGAAGCCACAAUGCUAACAGCUAAAAUCCGACAGUAGAUUUCAUCUGGUGAGUUGCUUUUUUUUUUUUUUUUUUUUUAAUAAUAUGUGUUUCUUAGUAUUGAGAAACCGGUAAAAAAAAAAUCACGGGUACCGCUGCUCUAUGCUCUCAGUGACCUGAUCAAGAUCAUUCAAAAGACUUACUAUGAGUACAUGCAGUCAAAAACACUUUCAAAACACCAAUACUGGCAAUAUUCAGGUUUUGAAAGGCCAUGUCAACCUGCGCAAAAACACGAAUAUGCUCUAUGCUAUGAUUUAAAAAAAAAUGUUUGGUCUUUUUCUUAAUAAAGCAACUAAUAGAUGAAUUUGCUGUUGCCGGACCACAAAUAUGUGGGGGUCCACGGUAUUUAUGUUUUACAAUGUAUAACUAUUCUUUUUUUCAAUUAAGAACACAACUUGUGUUUUUUUUAAGGGCACAAUUCAGUUCAUUCCCAUGAGAAACAUCGAUUUGAUAAAGGCCUGCAAGUAAAUCGAGUUGAUUUAGUAAUGUAACGAAUUUCAAUUUGUAAGUCAAGGUACUUCCUGUACUUCCCACACUGUUUCUUACUGUGGUAAGUGUGGUGUGUUUUAAUGACUUCUUCAGCUGUUUAUACGGGGCUCGGUGCUCACUGACCACUUCAAGUGGUGGUCACUGAAAAGACUCCCCGCAAGAGAGGAGGCGGAUUGCUGAGUUUGGGAAUGCGCGCAGGGCGACUUACCGCCAGGUGGAGGCGAUAUCGCUCCUUCUCCCCGCCGCUCUUCUCCUCUCUUCUGCUCCACCACGUCUCAGCUCAGUCGGCUGUGUGAGAUCAUUACCAGACAGCAGGCUCCAAGCUCUGACAUUCACCGAUCGGGAAAUCAGAGAGAGCAGAAGCUAGAGAGCGCAGAAGAGUCCGAGCCUUUGAUCCCAUUGCAAGCGGCGGUGGGCGGCGACCACGCCGACUCCUCCGUACUGUCGCUUGGGCUUGAAAGCUCGAUCUUGUCGCUGACAUUUUUGCACGCUUGGAAAACCGGCUCCUUGAAGCUCGACGGAUGCGGGCUUGUUUUGACUGCGGUAGUAGCCUUCGCACCUCUCCUUCUCGCAUGCCCAGUGGAACGGAUUUGUGAAGGAUCUUAACUUGACCAAGCUCCGCCAGUGUGGCCGGCGGUCCUGCAAGGGACCCCGGGGACGUUUUCUGUCCGGCCGCCAGGCAACCCGCAAAGAGAGAGCUUUUUUCAGCUUGGAGUUGGACAUAAACGUCUCUAAUUGGAUUCCUCCUCCCUUGGUGACUUCUUUUUUUUUUUCUAUCAACACAUCGGCUGCAUACCCGAUUUCGCUAUUUUUUCCCCAUUUCUCAAGCAAAAUUGACGCCAUUUUCCUCGGGGUUUUGUGUCAAAAAACAUCCAAGUAUAUUCCAGGAGCGUGUGACAGCUCCCUGGGAGGCUGUCAUCCCAACCGUCGCUUGUGUAAAAAUGUGUCUAAAUGGAUUGUAAAUGAUCUUGAUCAAUAAUUUAUACGUCAGAGCUGAGUGUGUGACAACAUUAGACAUGGAUUGUCCCUGGCUUCCCAGCGUGUCAGUGGGCCAACCAAGCCAACCUCAAUAGCUGAUUGACAACAACCCAGCUGCUCGACAGACUUCCAUCCUCUUUAUUCCCAUUGGCUGGCUGCCACAGCUUCCCCCACCCUGACUGGCUCUGGCGGGAGAGUGGAUGGAGCCAAGGGAUCUGGUUGGCUCGGCCCGACCCAAAGAGGCGGAGUUACAGGGAGGCGGGGCGGCGCGAAAUGAAGGAGCGGGAGGUAUCGGCUUGGCACGUAGUGAUGAUGUGAUUCACGGUGGCGUCAGUGAAGGGGAGGGGCUUGAAGAACACGGGGAGGGGCUUCUGGAAGAGCAGGAGUUUUCCAUCAAGGAAGCGAGCUUCCAGGAAGGAAGUCUAAAGCUGAAGAUCCAGACCACCAAGCGUACCAAGAAGCCCCCCAAGAGCCUUGAGAACUAUAUUUGCCCACCGGAGAUCAGGAUGACCAUCAGACCUCCCGCUGGAGAAGGCAAAGGGGGGCGGCAGGGGCGAACUGGAGGCGUGGCCAUAUCAGGGCGGGUUCAAAAGGAUGAAGACAGAGGACCGCCCAGAAAAAGGACAUACGAGCGCCAGUUCAGAAUGCCUGAGCAGAGAGAAGGAGGCCUAUUGCAACUACUGGGAGAUCCCUCACCAGCUAAACACCAGCCUCGCAAUACUGUUCUUCCUGCGCCUACUCUCUCCCCUGUACAACCGUUGCAGCACACCCCCACGCAACAAUUCCAGCACGUUCAGCAGCACCAAGUCAGUCCGGACUGGAUCACGUUUAGAGCACCUUCGGUUUCUCCAGCCAAUCCGACAGAUUCCGAGCCAGCCGUAGAAUUAACGGGAGCCAGUAGGAGUGCAAAUUGUCUCAUGGAUUCAAAUGCACUUUUUCCACGAACUGCGACUCACAGCCACUCGCCUCAGAGAUGUUUGACUCCAGACCUUCAGUUGCCAGUUGUUACAGAUGCCAGUAUUCUCAACCUUACAUCUCUCAGCAGGGGGAAAGGUUUGCAGGAAGUUAAUGAGCAGCUCUUUGGGAACAUCAAGAGGAAGUAUGGCAGGAAGGACUCCCAGAAGAUGCUCUCUAAUCCUCACAGUGCUGACACGCUGUGGGGAAGACAGUCUGAAAAAGAAACGGGAAGCCCAUCUCAUUCAGACAGGCAGCGCUACAGACAAGAAGAGACGACUGAGCAGUUUCAUGAAGAAAGAGAGCAAAGAAGGAAGGAUGAAAGAGAGCGAACAAUUACUGGUAGGAGAGGGGAUGAUGAGGAUAGAGGAAUGCCCAUGCUGACAGAGGAAGGAAAAGGAAGAAAGAGGCGGAGAAAGCCUUCUUUAGAUGAGUCCUUUUCUGUUGAGGAGCAAUCUCUACAACGACAGGACUCGAACACCACAGAGAAGUACCAGCAUAAGCCUCCAGAACCCAAAGUAGCUCAUAAAUCGGAGAUUCACAAAAAUGAUUCCAGGUUCACGAGUCAGGUUGAGAUCAGUGGAGAGAAAACAGAGAAACCUGAAAUACCGGACAAAGGUGACAAAAGAGAAAAGGGAGAAAGGGUAGACAGGGCAGAAAAAGAUGAUUCACUUCGGAGUGGGACUGAUCCAGAAUCACCCUUCAGUAUGAACAGAAUGAAAAAGAACCCAGUGGGUCGUCCCAAGAACUGUAUUGAUGCACAUAAACACAGAGAUCUUGCCCUAAACAUCAGCAAACCACCAAACUUCUCCACAAGUCCCGGACUCCCUAGUCCAAACCCAAGCCCGAGCCCUAAAGGAACAAUGAGUCCAAGCAUAAGCCCGAAACCUCGGCCUAACUUUAGCCCCAGCCACAGACCGAGGGCAGCCCUGAGUCCGAGUCCCAGCCACAGCACCAUCUCUACAGUCAGCUCCAGAUCAAGCAAGGCUCAGGACAGAUGGUCCUACCUGAAAGCAAAGAGUCACCACAGCAUCACCUCACCCCAGAGAGACAGCUGCAGUAGUCCAUCAAUGAUAUUUGACCCACCUUCGGCCUUCCCUAUAACUCCUUCUAGUCCACUUUAUACAAAUACUGACAGCCUGACCGUCCACACGCCCAUCAAAAGAAAACGAGGACGCCCCAAGAAGCAACCCCUUCUAACUGUAGAAACCAUCCAUGAGGGGACAUCCACUUCACCGCCGAGCCCCCUAGCACAAGAAACCUCUGCCGGACUAAACCGCAGGAGGAAGACUAACCCACCGAACGCAACAAUUAAUCCAACAUUAGUACAAAUGGUGUCAGCAACUACCAGUUCCAAAUCCAGCGGUCUGAAAGUAAAGCGUGGCAGAAACAAUUCAAAGCCAGUAAAUAAGUUAAAGCUUGGCAAGAUGCAAAGCAUCCUGAAUGAGAUCCUGUCAAGCUCCAGUAAGAACAGCACCCUGAGGUCUCCUUCCACACCUGUUCACCCUGCUAUGAAUGCCAUGGCAUCAACCAUUGAGGCUCGGCUGGGAAAACAGAUCAACGUCAGCAAGAGAGGCACCAUCUACAUCGGUAAAAAGAGAGGCCGUAAACCCAGAGCUGAAACGCAAGGCUGUAACCCUGCCAAAAACGUCAAGGAAAAGCACUCCAUGUCUGUCCCCGCAUCCAGUCUCUACGAGAGCCCCGUUGUGAACGCCACCACUUCCUCUCCCAGUUCCAGUGCACCACCAAUGAGAAUCAGCCACUCUGAUGCCACUAUGCCUAGUCUGCAGCCCAUCUCAGCCCUACCCCCCAAACCUUUAGUCAGAGGAUUUCUCUCUGGGGGAUGGAAACUGUCACCUCCACGUCUUCUAGCUAAUUCACCCUCCCAGCUUUCCGAAGGUGCAUCCGUGAAGGAGGUCACCUUGUCUCCCAUCAGUGAGUCCCACAGUGAAGAGACUAUUCCGAGUGACAGCGGGAUCGGCACAGACAACAACAGUACGUCGGAUCAAACCGAGAAAGGCCCCGCCUCUCGGCGCAGGUAUUCCUUUGAUCUGUGCGGGUUUGAGGCCACGGAGGCUGCUGCCGUCGAAGCAUCCGCCAGAGGAAACAAAGCUCGAAGUGAACGACAAGCUGCUGUGGACAACUUCCUUUCUCAGCAGGAGAAGAAGCAAAAACAUAAUCGACGUAAAAGGAAGUGUCUUCAGAGCCGGGAUCACCUUCACUUUCUGUCUGAACUCGAGGAGGUUGUGUCAAAGUUGCAGCAGCUACGAGUGUCUCACAGAAGAUAUCCCUGCUUCUCUCAGAAUCCCUAUCCCUCGAUUUUCCGCCUCAACUUUCAUCAUUACUACCCGGUGACCUAUGACACCUACCCCUGCGACUCCAGUUCGUAUAUUCGUAGGAGUGCUGAUCUGAAGGCCAAAAGGAGACGGGGUCGUCCAGCCAAAGCUAGUGAGCCAAUUGCCUCGAAAAUACCUUUUGUUCAAGGAUUUGGCUAUCCACUGGCAGGGGGAAAUUACUAUGCAGCACCGUAUGCUAUGCCUUACACAUCCCAUCUAAGCCUAGGCUAUUUCCCCCCGGCGCCUCCGUUCUACCUGCCUCACCACCCCCUUGGCCAUGUUCCGCCAUCACCAUUUAUGAGACCUGCUGUCCCCCCUCCCAAGGCUUUCCACGCCAGUGGACACCCAAAGCUCCAGCCCGGGGUCAAGCAUCGCGGCAUCACUGGCCAACUUCAGGGGCCCUCUGUAAGAGGGGAUGGCUUGGGAUCAAUCGGCGGUAGUAGUACAGGUGGUCUCGGGGGUGUUCGCCUCCAUAAGAGGAAGCACAAGCACAAACAUAAGCACAAAGAUGAACCCCUACUUUCUCCGCGAGACCGGCAAGAGUUGGGCGGGCUUUUCAGUGGAGCCAAGGCCAGUUCACAUCGCAACCUUCUUAGUGACUCAUCCAUUCAGGGCCCUUCAAAGCAUCAGGAGAAGAGGACUGACGGGAGAGGCUCAAGCCUGGGAUCCACUUUAGGGAUGUUCGAGUCGGAAAAGCUGUCCUCGCACUCUCUGUCAAAUGGCCAUUUCCACUUGCGUCAGACUGGACCGCCAAUGAACAGCUUCAUGAGCAGCUACAGUAGCCAAUCACAGCAACCGGAAUCAUCUUCCUUCCUCUUCUUGGGGUCACAGGAGAAUGAGUGUGGUUCAAGGAGUAGGAAGACGAGGCCUGCUGUGUUUGGAGAUCAAGGGCUGAUGUCACUGCAAACUGCCAGGCAGGAGCCAGUACAAAUGAAUGAUUGCUCCAGUCCACCUCUCUCUGGUGCUCCCAGUAAACGACGGUACAAGCGCAGAGAGGUAGAGCAGAUCCAGAAGGAGGUGAGAAGGAUGCAUUCUUUGAACUUCGAACAUGUGCAGAAGAUCCUCCGUGCCAAGCGCCUGCAGCGGCAAGCCAAAACUGGAAACAACAUCAUCAAGAGACGACCCGGACGGCCCCGAAAACAACCGCCGGAUGAUGAAUCGGGUCCGGCCAACAGGAGGGAGGAGAACCGGGCCGGCGGUCGCGGGUUGGACAUGUUGGCCGGUAAAAGAGCGGAUGGAAGGACUCCGGGGAUGCCUGUUCUGGAGCGCUGUGAUGAGCCACCGGGUAGACAGAGCCUCAGGCCCACUUUGACCCCAGAGCCUCUGGAGUUUUCCAAUCACGAUUCCAUUUCGGCAACCAUCGAAAAGGUGGUUCAUAGAGCCCGCUCUCUCCCUCCGCCGGCCAAAGGGGGCAAACGCCGGGGCAGGGCCAACAGCAGGGACAACUUAUGGGCCCCCUCCAAUCAAUAGACCCGCCGGAGAGAGCAACUCUGUCAAUGAGCAGGAGCGUUGAAAGGAGCCGGCGCUGUUUCAUCCUUAUCAGAUCCAGUGCCCUUAUUCCGGUGACUCCGCGGUGCACCUUGAUUUAAGAGAAUGAAGACAGGUCAGAACAACGGCGGUGCCAGCCCUCAGUUUGAACAUGAGCCUUUUCAGGGUUCCUUGGACCUGCAUUUCAUAUGGCGCUAUCUGCUUUCAUUUGAUCCUGAAUCCGAUGCUCAUCGGAUUGCGUGGUACUAACGGCAGUGUAGGAUAUGACGGGACUCUUCGUGUUUCUGAUACAGUGAUGCGUAUGGUACUUCAUGAGACUGUAUCAGAAUGUGGCGUGAGCCAAAUAUUUACCAGCAAGGGGUGGGUGUGGGGGAGGGGGCGGGGUUUAGGGGCAUAUUUGAUUCCUAUAAAACUGUGCAGCUCAGCUUUUUUUUUUUCUGCCUUUUUGUGGGAGCCUGUCAAAAAGAACACAGCAGUAAUGAAGCAACCUUACCCUGAUACUUCCCCUGGUAUGUCACGUCUGUGUUUGUUACCGUACCUUCUUAGAAUGGCUUUUAUUGGUCCAUCCCCGCAGUUUAAUCCCAUAUCCUUUUUUUUUUUUUCCUGCUUCACCUCCUCCCAAUCUAAAGGUUUAUUACCUAUACAGGAGAGGUCGAAACCUAUCCUGGACGCUGACUUAAAGGCAAUAUGGUGGACGAGACUGUCCUAGACUGUACAUAGACAAAACAUCCAUUCUCGCUUACCUUGUACAACAGGAAACCAGCUCACAGACACGUACUGGAAUUCAGUAUAUCCGAUUUAAGUGCUGUACUAUAGACAAUGAACGUUGCGUAUUGUUUCUAUAACCAAAACACAGACAUGGAUGCGACACAAGACAAGUUUGUUUUCAGAUAGAAACCACACGUAUUCAGUCAUACACUCAUAACUGUGUUUAUAUCUUGGGAAGGGGUGGGGGCAUUGUAUACAGUGUGCAUAUCAGGUGUGUUUGUGUUUUUUUUUUUUUGUUGUUGUUGUAAACCUUAAAAGUUGGUUUAAUGCACUAUGGAAAAAAAAAAGAAAGAAAAAAAAAGCUGUACCCUUGCAUCAAUCAAAUGCAGCACUUAAAUGCUUGUUCCAGCCUUAUGCUUUUUGGCCUUGGUGUGGAUAUCCAUUCCAGAGAGCAUGCAUUACUUUUAAUCAAUUUGUAUAUGCAGGCUGCGCAGCCAAAAGCGUCAAACCGAAGCCCGGCUAUGGAUUGAACGGAGAGGGCUGACUCCAAUAUAGUGUUCUGAAAAGCUUACCCCACUCUUUAUACUUUCAUUUAAAAAGAAAAAAAAAAGAAAAAAAACAAAACAACAACAACAUAUUUUUGGGACAGAAAAU